AUACUAGUGCGUACGUCUUGAUUCCAUUGUCCUGAGUGCGUGCUGUAACAGAAAAUAUUUAAAUUAUUUUUAAUAAUCUCCGACUAUGCUUAAUUUGCUAUAGCGAAUAUAAUAUUUUUAAGAUAAAAGAGACGGCUGGGACUGAAAGUUGUCGUGUUUCUGCCUUACCUAACUUUUCCACGUGACCUUGGAAUAUGCAUGGAAGCCGUCAGCACAUCACCACGUGAUAGUGAAUGUGGGUCGGAGUAUGCCGUCCUUGAGCUUCUCCUCUGCGAACAUACGACUUCCCUCCUCAAGAACACUACAACCAAUUGACCACCAUCGCGGACACGAUGUCCCCUCAACGAACAAUGCUACGAACCUCUCAACGCUUCGCUUCACAGCUGCGCUCACCUGCUGUGCGUCAGUCUUUUCAACGACGCUUUGCGAGCACCGAGAGCUCCGCUUUCCACGGUGCCGAGGACAAUGCUUUCAACCGCGAGAGGAAGGCUGUUAAGGAUCAUGCUGCAGCUACAAGUGACUUGUGGCGCAAGCUGUCAAUUUACAUCACGAUCCCUGCCUUACUGAUCGCUGGUGCCAAUGCUUAUGUUCUGUGGAAUGAGCAUUGGGGCCACUGGGCACACAUGGAGCCUUUGGAGGAAAGACCUGAGUAUCCAUACCAGAACAUCCGAACCAAGAACUUCUUCUGGGGUGAUGGUGACAAGACUUUGUUCUGGAAUGACAAGGUCAACCAUCACAAGAAGGAUGAGUAAGAGACAGGGAGGACGUGGCUGUGAAUGAAGUCGUGAUGAGGGUUGUUUGGGAAUGAGAGGGCAAUGGGCUUGGUUUCACAUAGACAAGAGUGUAUAUUUCUCCUUCAGUUCGAGCAUUACAAGAAGUCAAUCCAGCAUAUGUCUCCGAUUGCACGAAGCCAACGUGAAGUGAAGUGAAGUGAUGUAUGCAUUCGACUGAUGGAGAUGUUGUGGGUGGUACUCUCAUUCUGUGUGCAACGAGUGCUUUUGGUAGGUUGGAGGGAGGAGGUUCUAGGAUUGGGGUGUGAUGGCGAAGAAUGAAAUUGCAUUGCCUCACACUGAUAGGUUACAGCUAGUGAAAUCUAGUACAGUUGACAAGGCUGAUUUAUGCGUUACGUGCCUUUCGCAGGACGCUUUAAGGAGAGUAACAGGACGACAUACGGAGCUUCUACAGGGCUCGAACAAUGUUCUUCGAGGCUCUCUACAAUGAUGAAGAAAGUGCAAGAGCAAG